CCUGGAAGUCAGUGACGUCUCGGCGACGCUGCCGCCGCUAGGAGUGUGGAGCUAGGAGACAGGCACAUGAUGGCUGCGGACCUCGGUGUUUUGCAGCCACUUUCUCCUCUGCUCCACUCCGUCUCCCGUGGUCUGUAGCCAUGGCCGGGCCGGCUUCCCCUCACUCAGAGCCUGCGCCGCCCCCACCCGCCAACCGCAGUCAUGCCCAGGAAACGAGACCGAAAGCGGCUGAAGUUUCGGGCUGACGAUCUGAGCGCUCACAGAGUAACGGUAGCAGAUUAUGCAAAUUCUGAUCCAGCAGUUGUGAAGUCUGGACGAGUGAAAAAGGCAGUGGCCAAUGCUGUCCGAAAAGAAGUGAAAGUGCUCUGUGGCUUGGAAGCCUCUCAAGUGGCCACUGAUGAUGGGUUCUCUAUCUUAUCUGAGAAUGAACAACAGUAUGAAAGUAGCGAUGAAGUGAAGGACAUGGAAAAUCUAAAUGGAAUCUCCUCUUAUAGGAAAAAGAAAAGUAAGAAGCACAAAGAGAAUGACACCACAGAUAUUACUGGAGAGGAUUAUCCUAUUGACAUCUGGCUUCUGCUCGCCUCCUACCUCCGUCCCGAAGAUAUUGUGACGUUUGCUCUUAUUUGUAAGAAAACUUGGACCGUUACUUGCACUGCUGUCUUUUGGAUGAGAUUGUACAAAAGACACUACCAUAAAAGCUGCUACCUUCCUGUUACUUUACUUCCAGCGUAUAUCUACAGGCUGCGCGCUUUACGAGCUUGUGUCAUUCGUUCCUUAUAUCAUAUGUAUGAGCCUUUCUGUUCCAGAGUGGCUAAAAAUCCUUCAUUACCUGAAUCAACACCCAACACUUUAUUAAAUUCAAAAUGUUUACUUUUCUGGUGCAAAAAAGUAACUGGGACCCGGCCUGAUCCAUUAUGGGAGUUUAACUUCAAAUUUAAAAAGCAGCCUCCAAAGCAGAAGAACCACUGUCUUCUUGGACUGCAGCCACCUGCAGAGUACAGAGACGUCCUCUUUAACCCAGAUCAUGAAUGUUGCCUUCUUCAAAUUACCACACUAAACUUUAUUUUCAUCCCAGUGGUCAUGGGUAUGACCCUAACAUAUUUGACUAUGAAUGUCAGUACCGAUAUGAGGCACCACCGAGUGAGACUGGUCUUCCAUGACUGUCCAUUGUUGAAUGGCAAGAAGCCUCGUGGAGAUCAAGGAGUACAGAUUGUUUUGGAUCCCGUACACAGUGUCCAUCUCAUAGACUGGUGGCAUCCAAAAUAUCCCUUUUCAACCAAGGUCUAGUGUCUGUGUAUGGAUAUUUUCUCUAAGUGACCCCAUCGGAUACCAAAGAAAAUGAAGAUGCUAAAAUAUUAUAAAUGUGGACAUGGGGGGUAAUUCCAAGUUGAUCGCAGCAGGACAUUUUUUAGCAGUUGGGUAAAACCAUGUGCACUGCAGGGGGGGCAGAUAUAACAUGUGCAGAGAGAGUUAGAUUUGGGUGGGUUAUUUUGUUUCUGUGCAGGGUAAAUACUGGCUGCUUUAUUUUUACACUGCAAUUUAGAUUGCAGAUUGAACACACCACACCCAAAUCUAUCUCUCUCUGCACAUGUUAUAUCUGCCUCCCCUGCAGUGCACAUGGUUUUGCCCAACUGCUAACAAAAAUCCUGCUGCGAUCAACUCAGAAUUACCCCCAUGGUGUGACUUGUACUGAAUGUGUGGAUAAUUUUAUUGUUAUCUUAAGUGCAUACAAGUAUGAUGGUGAAGAUUAAUCUUUAAUUAGAAAGUUGGACGAAAUGAUUACUUUUCUGUAUAUUUCCUUACUUUCAUUUGAGAAAGUGUAAACUCCUCAUAUAAAAACAACAUGUUUUGUAAGUAAACUGAAAGGUUGGAAAAAGUUGAUUUAUUUUAGUUUCUGACUCCUGAGUUCUCAGAUGUUUCGCCAUUGAUUAUAUGUUUAUUACAAAUAUGAAAAUUGCACAUUUUGUUAGUCAGAGAUUGCAGUAUUAGAGAAUAGCCUUGUAUGAAAUCACAGUCCUCUGAAUGUAAAGGAAGAGUGUAGUAUUACUGUGUCUGUCAUUGAGGAGAAUGCUGGAAGAAGACUAAAAGCAAAAACCCUUUCAGGCCCUUUUUGCAUUAUAUAUUAACAUAAAUACAGUAUGCUUAUGGUAAUGGUUUCUAUUUUUACAGAUACCAAUGCUAAUGUGUAUAGGUCCCUCUAGAAUGCGACCUGUCUGUAUUCUUACUAAGGUGACAAAAUAUGCGUCAGGGCUGCCAUUUUCUUGGUGGUUUAUGGGCGGUAUCCAAUUAGCCGCGGUAAUUUACUGCGACUAAUUGGUUUGCCGGGGGCUAUCCAAUUAGCCCCGAUAAGACGGAGCUUAUCCCUUAUGCCGGCACUUAUCGGAGAUUAUGCUGAGGCGCGCCAAGUGCACCCGCGAUAAGUGCCGCGAAAAUAAAUAGCUCCUGCAAAAAGCUGCGGACCUAUGUUUUUUCGCGACCGCGUCAUUAUCGCAGGUAAUUAGUUACCCCCACUAUAAGGUAAACCAAGUAAGAGUGUCAGUAAUUCAGCCACUGCGUACAAGUACUGCACCUAAAGGAAAGAUACAUAUAAUUACCAACAAACAUGGGAUUUUUAUUUUUUUAUAUUCUACUUUAUUGAAUUAAACUUCAAUGGUAUCAGACCUCUUUUUAAAAGGGAAAAAUAGAAAAGAAUGAAAAUACGAUAAAGUUAAGCAGGCCUGCCAUACUCAAUGUUUCAUAAUGGUAUCUGUACAUAUACAGUAGUUCAGUACAAACGUCUGCACAGGCUGGUUGUCUUUACAUGUCCUUGUAUUGCACGGUUACUGUAGUAACUGCAAGGCACCACAUUAUACAAUGAAUAGUCUCCUUAUUUACUAGUGAUCUCCUACUGACUAUGUACAAUAGUACUGCAUGAUAGGCAAGAGGCUCAUUGAAGGUUUGGAGUGCAUCAAGAUAAAUCUGUGGUGUAAAUAUGCUGCCCACAUAUGGACAGACCUGACACCCUCCUAACAGAAGGUCACUAAAAGAAAAUGUUGGUGAUCUGCCCUUUUUCCCUUUUGGUUCUCUCACAUUGUGCUCUGAAUGAUGAACUCUUUGUGAUUUGGUCCUCUGUUUCUUAUUUGUUCCAUGUGGAAAAGUACGUAUAUAUGCUAGGAGAAACUAUAGUUUUAUUUUUUAACUAUAGAUUUUUUUAGUUUUUGUUUUAAGUUACAAUUGUGCAAAGUAAAUUUGCUGUAUAUAAGCAGUACGCAAAUCAUUUCUGACAUUUAUACUGAUUUACCUUACACAUGGAUGCACCAACGCAGAAUUUGUUCAUUUUAAAACCUGCUUUUGAGAUUUGUGAAUAAAAAAUAAACUUCUGUUA